AUGGUAAUCGUUAUCAACGCCUUCUGCCUAGGGUUGGAAACCAACAUAAUGGCUACCAACCUGUUGUCCACGACGCCAGAGGAGUUCAUCCGGCUCGGCUGGGCAUUUUGCGGUUUCUUCACCCUUGAGAUGGUUCUGAAGAUCUCGGCAAACCCAUCUCGGUUUUUCCUGGGCGCGGCCUGGACUAUGAAUCUGCUUGACUUCUUUCUGAUGGCACUGCAGUGGCUUGAUGUCGUUGUAACCGUCCACACGGCAGACAAGGAGAAUUCUGAUGCUGGUUCCGUGAACUUCAACAUUAUGCGGUCCAUUCGAAUGGUGAGACUUGUGCGCAUCGUGCGAAGCUAUCGGGUGCUGAGGAUGCUGGGAGAAGUUCGAGCAAUCAUCUGGUCCGUGGGAACCUGCUUAAAGCCUCUGUUGGGAGCACUGUUGGUUCUGAUGACACUGAUCUAUUUGCUUGCAGUUUUCUUGGUUGACACUUGCAACUCUUACCGGGUGGCGGCAGAUAUUGCAGACGAGGGAUUUGAGCAGCUGGGGACCUACUAUGGAUCACUUGAGCGAGGCAUGCUUACGCUGUGGCAGAUCAUUACCGGUGGGAUGGAUUGGGCAGUUGCUGUGAACCCUUUGAUGGAUCACACCGGGCCGGUCCCGGUGUUCGUUGUGUUCUGUUACAUAGCUUUUGCACUGCUGGCGCUCCUCAACGUCAUCACAGGGGUCUGCGUGGAGAGUGCGGUAAAGAGGGUAAAGGAGGACAAGGACAACUACUUGGUACAAUACGUGCGUGGAGUUUUCAAGCGAAUGGAAACCUCUGGUACUGGUGUCAUCACUUGGGAUGACUUCCAGUCAAGUGUCAACUCCAAAGACAUGAAGGAGCUUUUCAAGGCUAUUGACCUGGACAUAUCCGAGGCUCAUUGUGUAUUCAAGAUAUUGGACUUAGACGAUGAUGGCACGCUCGAUGCAGAUGAGUUUCUCAGCGGGUGCUUGCGCCUCAGAGGCGCAGCAAAGGCACUGGAUGUCUUGGUCUUGAUGCGAGAGAUCCGGUCGAUGCAGCAGCAGCUCGUGCAACAGCUUCAGUCAGUGCCAAGCUAG